UCCGCAUUGUGGGACUGCCUUUGGCGCCUCCGGGCGCCCUCGGGUGGUACAAGGCCAGCCGGAGCCACAUGGGGCCGGCUGUGUACUUCUGCCGCUGUUGCCUUUGCUUGCUUCUCGCUUCCGGCAUCGUCUGGCGCAGGGCCCUACCUUUCGCCGCCUGAGCCGGAGAGCUACCGCUGAUCCUUCCGGUGACUCCCGGGUCUACGCCUUCUCCUCCGUCGAUG